AUGAGAUUGUUAAAACAAAGAAGAAUGGAUAGGGGAAAUUGUUCUUCAAUAACUGAAUUUUUUCUCCUGGGAAUUACCAAUAAGCCUGGAAUGAAAAUGACCCUAUUUACCACAUUUUUAGUUGUUUAUCUCAUUAAUCUCCUGGCUAAUCUUGGAAUGAUCAUCCUAAUUAGGAUGGACACCCAGCUGCACACACCGAUGUACUUCUUCCUCAGUCACCUGUCUUUCUGUGACCUCUGCUAUUCCACUGCAAUUGGACCCAAGAUGCUGGUAGACCUACUUGCUGAGAACAAAUCAAUCCCUUUCAUUGGCUGUGCUCUGCAAUUUUUGAUCUUAUGUACCUUUGCAGAUUCUGAGUGUUUACUGCUGGCCGUGAUGGCCUUUGAUCGGUACAAGGCCAUCAGCAACCCUUUGCUCUACACAGUCAACAUGUCCAACAGGGUGUGCUUCCUGCUCUUAGGUGGGGUUUAUCUGGUUGGAAUGACUGAUGCUUUAAUACAUACAACACUGGCAUUUCGCUUAUGUUUCUGUGGGCCUAAUGAGAUAAAUCAUUUCUUCUGUGAUAUGCCUCCUCUCCUUCUAUUAUCUUGUUCAGACACACAGGUCAAUGAGUUAGUGAUAUUCACUGUUUUUGGUUUCAUUGAACUGAGCACCAUUUCAGGAGUUCUGGUUUCUUAUUGUUAUAUCAUCCUAUCCGUCGUAAAGAUCCAGUCUGCUGAUGGAAAGUUAAAAGCUUUCUCCACUUGUGCCUCCCAUUUAACUACUGUUGCAAUUUUCCAGGGAACAAUACUCUUCAUGUAUUUUCGGCCAAGUUCUUCAUAUUCUCUAGAUCAAGACAAAAUGAUUUCUUUGUUUUACACCCUUGUGAUUCCCAUGUUGAACCCUCUGAUAUAUAGUUUACGAAACAAGGAUGUGAAAGACGCCUUGGCAAAACUGAAAACUAAAUUUUGUAUUAAGUAA